AUGGGUCGUCUGGCUGGAACUUCUGUAGACAUUCUAGAUAUGAUGGCGAUGACUGAGCUGCAAAUUGAAGAUGAGAGGAAGGUGGAAAGUGGUCCUAAGAGCCUAGAGCAGUGGCCGGUGUUCCCAGCUCUAGGGGCGGGGUGCACAGUAGUUUUCAAAAUCAAUACUAUUUUGAUUUCUGAAUUUUCAUCACUGUUUCUAGGAGACAGCUGUUGUAAUCCCAUAAGCAUGGGUAUCAUCAAGAAAAUGGUUGAGAAGGAAAUACCUGGAAUUUAUGUCUUGUCUUUAGAGAUUGGAAAGACCAUGGUAGAGGACGUGGAGAACAGCUUCUUCUUGAAUGUCAAUACCCAAGUAUCAACAGUGUGUCAGAUUCUUGCUAAAGAUCCUAAAUUACAGCAAGGCUACAAUGCUAUGGGAUUCUCUCAGGGAGGCCAGUUUCUGAGGGCUGUGGCUCAGAGAUGCCCUUCACCUCCCAUGGUCAACCUGAUCUCAGUUGGGGGACAACAUCAAGGUGUCUAUGGACUCCCUCGAUGUCCAGGAGAGAGCUCUCACAUCUGUGACUUCAUCAGAAAAACACUGAAUGCUGGCGCUUACUCUAAAGUUGUUCAGGAACGCCUGGUGCAAGCAGAAUACUGGCAUGACCCCAUAAAGGAGGACGUGUACCGCAACCAUAGCAUCUUCUUGGCAGAUAUAAAUCAGGAGAGGUAUGUCAAUGUAUCCUACAAGAAAAAUCUGAUGGCUCUUAAGAAGUUUGUGAUGGUGAAAUUCCUCCAUGAUUCAGUUGUGGACCCUGUAGAGUCUGAGGAAUUGGGGGAGAGUUACAUUCCUAAAAGGAGUAUGAUGAUACUUUUGGAGCUGGGACAGAAAUUUGUACAUCACACCAGGAAAACAAUACAGCAUUGGGGAAAUAGAAACUGA